AUGGACAACAGGCACAAAGAUAACAGCCGGGCAGCAAGAAGGCAAGUACGUCUCCUCUUAUUAUUGGUUCUGAAUUGGCAAGAUUGCUCCCCAGAGGAGGUUCAUUAUUCCAUUCCAGAGGAAAUGGAAGAGGGUUCUGUUGUGGGGAAUCUUGCCAAAGAUUUGGGACUGAAUACUGGAGAAAUAGGCCAAGCGCAACUCAUUAGAGAGGGAGAAGAUGGAAGUAAACAUGCUGAACUUGUGCUGAAUAAACAGUUGGAUCGGGAAAGUGAAAGCAGUUUCCACUUAACCCUCCUGGCUGCAGAUGGAGGGAAGCCUGCCAAAACAGGGACAGCCAAAAUUUUGAUAAAUGUAAUAGAUGCCAAUGACAACCCACCUGUGUUCUUGCAAAAAGUAUACAAGAUCAGCUUGAAAGAAAGUAAGCCCAAAGGGUCUUCAGUGGUACAAGUGAAAAGUCACUGACAGAGAUGAAGUGCUCAUCACAAAUUUCAUUUGGAUCCACAAAAUGGGACAAUCACAGUUAUGGAGACACUGGACUUUGAGGAAGCAGAAAAAUAUUCUGUAGCAGUAGAAGCAAAGGAUGGGGGUGGGUUGGUGGCUCACUGCAAUGUUGAAAUAAAGAUAUUAGAUGAGAAUGACAAUGCCCCGGAAAUCAUCCUUGUUUCAUCAUCCAGCCCAAUACGUGAAGAUUCUCCAAUAGGGACCUUGGUAGCCCUUAUCAAUGUAAAAGACAGAGAUUCGGGAGAAAAUGGAGACAUAGUUUGUCAUUUGCUAAGUAAUUUGCCAUUUCAAAUUGUUUCAACAUCCAAUAACUACUACAAGGUGCUUACAGAUGGUGCACUGGACAGAGAAAAUGCUCCCGAGUAUAACAUCACAAUCACAGCCACAGACAAAGGCAAUCCUCCUCUUUCUACGCUCACAACCAUUUCAGUGCAGAUUUCUGAUAUCAAUGAUAACCCUCCAUCCUUUGAAAAGCCUUCCUAUACUGCCUACGUGCCAGAAAAUAACCCCUCUGGAGCCUCCAUUUUCAAGGUCAAAGCUUCUGACCAAGAUCUGGAUCGCAAUGCACAAAUCACUUACUCCAUCCUCAAGAGCAACAUUGAGGACCUUCCUAUAUCCUCAUAUGUCUCCAUUAAUUCUGAGAGUGGGAUUGUUUAUGCACAGCGCUCCUUUGACUAUGAGCAAUUCAGGGAGUUCCAGCUUCAAGUGAAGGCCCAAGAUGGAGGUUCUCCUGCUCUCAGCAGCAAUGCCACAGUGAAAGUGCUCAUUGUGGACCAGAAUGACAACAGCCCUCAGAUCCUCUACCCUUCCAAAGCAGUGGAAGGCUCAGCCUUGUUUGAGAUGAUCCCUCGUUCAGCCGAUGCAGAUUAUCUGGUGACCAAGGUGGUAGCAGUGGAUGCUGACUCUGGACACAAUGCCUGGCUCUCCUACCACCUGCUUCAGGCCACUGAGCCAGGGCUCUUCACAAUUGGACACCAUACUGGUGAGAUCAGAACAUCACGAACAUUUUUGGAAAGGGAUUCAUUGAAGCAGAAAGUGGUUGUUUUAGUGAAGGAUAAUGGACACCCCUCUCUAUCUGCUACAGUGACACUGAACUUGGUGUUUGCUGAGAACUUCCAGGAGGCCCUUCCAGAAAUGAAAAACCAAUCUGACAUCCCUGACUAUCAGUCUGAUCUGCAGUUCUACCUGGUGCUGGCCUUGGCUUUGAUCUCAUUCUUGUUCCUCUUGACAGUGAUUCUGGCCAUUCUGAUGAAACUUAGACGAUCAGGGAAUCCCAAGUUCCUUCAGUGCUUUGCUCCUGUUCCCCAUUCAAAUAACGGAAUCAUUUUCCCACCCAACUAUGAAGAGGGGACAUUGCCUUAUUCUUAUCAGCUUUGCUUGUCUUCUGAAUCUCGGAUACAGCAAUAUGCCUUUCCAACAACCAGUGUUCAAGCAGCAGAGGACAUUUCUUUUCAGAAUCACUCUGAAGCACUUUUGACAGCCAAUGAGGGGAGUAGCCUUAAUUGUGAGAUGGAUAAAUCUGAUACGUGGCAAACCAUAGAGUUUCUGGUGAAUCCUAGAACGUUGGGGCAACAGUGA